AUGAUCCGCCAAAUCUUCAGAAUACCUACUGCUCGCCGUUGCUACCAUGUUGCCGCAACUAGCGCCUCAGCUACUCCCAUUGUAAACCAUAUCUCCUCUGCUCUUGGACUUCCUGUUGCAGCCUGCGAGCUUCUUGAACACGCUCUCGAUACUCAUGUCCCGACCCUUGGUUUUUCUGAAACUGCCGUUCUUGAGACCCUCCGCGACAAUGGUUACUCAUCUGCUGCUCGCAGUGUGUUCCCUGGAAGCUCGCGCAGUGGCCAGCUGGAUCUGGUUCUUGCGCACUUAGCUCGUUCCCGUGCUCAAAUCUCCAUUGACGUCGAGACCCAACAGGCUGAUCCUGCUACUCCAGUCACACCACAGCUCGGUGAUCUUCUUAAAAAACGUCUGUUGCUCAAUGCCCCCAUUGCUUCUCAUCUUGCUGAAGCCCAAGCAAUUCUUACCCAGCCUGCCCAUGUUCCUUCCGCUUUGACAGAACUGCAUGAACUUUCAAGCGAUCUUUGGAAUCUCACAGGUGACCGAUCGCACAGCUUUGACUGGUACACAAAGCGUGCAUCUUUGUCGGCGCUCUACGUUGCUGCUGAGCUUGUUAUGUCCCAGGACAAGUCCUCCGAGUUUAGAGACACCAUUGAGUUUGUUGACCGACGACUUCAGGAAUUGAACGACGCUAGCACUGCUACAAGCUCUGUAACAGAAUAUGCUGGCUUUUUUGCAAUCUCUUCGGUUAAUGUUUUGAAAUCAUUUUGGCUUCGGUCUGGAUCACAAGCUCUGACACCAGUGUGUAGUGACUUCACUCGACUCAAAACAGUUUUACGUACAGACCAAGUCUUUGAUAUUCUCUCCAAUGCUGAGGUCGCUCAAGCUCAUACAGACCUCGCUGCUGCUAUAGAUCCUACAAUCACAGCACUAUUACGCAAGGCAGAUUUAGAAAUAGAGAGACUUGAGCGCAAAGAACGCGAACUCAUUUCUAAAGGCAAUCUUCAAGAAGUCCGGCUAAUGCAAAUGCGUAGCGGUCAAACAGGCCCGGCAGGUCCGGAACCCUUGUCAAAGUUAGCCAGUUCUUCUGUUAAUGAGCCCUUAGCUUCAAAAGAUCAGAUUGAUGAAAUUCUCAAAUUACAAAGACAACGCGACCGUCUCAAGUAUACAAAAUGGCAACACCAGCUGGCUGGCCGCCAAAAGUAA